UAGAACCUGGCCCCUCUCUCACAGGGCCGACGCCUCCCAGCUCCCCUCUCGCUGUCGCGUCUCCCGGCGACCCUCUCCAGCGUCGGCCCGGCGAUAGGUUGCCGCCCCAUCGUUGUCCGCGACCAGAUCGACGGCCAUCCCGUCCUCCUUGCUCCCCCUCUCGCCCGUCGGCAGAUCUACGCAGGCGACGACCCUCAUCCUCGUCCAUCCGUAGCCAUGCAUAAGCUGGGAAGAGGAAGCCGUGACAAGGUGCAGCAGUUCAUGGCCAUAACUGGCGCAAGCGAGAAGGUUGCCCUUCAGGCACUGAAAGCUAGCGAUUGGCACUUGGAAGGAGCUUUUGAUUAUUUCUAUAGCCAGCCACAGAUUUCUGUGACCAAUUCUCGGCAGCUUGAAGAUCUUUACAACAGAUAUAAAGAACGUGAUGCUGAUAUGAUCAUGGUGGAGGGCACAUCACAACUUUGCAAUGAUCUGCUGGUAGAUCCUCAGGAUGUUGUCAUGCUUGUCAUAUCAUGGCACAUGAAAGCUGCCACUAUGUGUGAAUUUACUCGUCAGGAAUUCAUCGAUGGUCUGCAGUCAAUUGGGGCAGAUUCAAUUGAGAAACUCCGUGAGAAACUACCAUCACUGCGGGCUGAGAUAAAAGAUGAUCAAAAGUUCCGUGAGAUUUACAACUUUGCAUUUGCUUGGGCUAGGGAAAAGGGCCAAAAAUCUCUUGCACUGGAGACAGCUAUUGGAAUGUGGAGGUUGCUAUUUGCUGAAAGGCACUGGCCCCUAAUUGAUCAUUGGUGUCAGUUUGUACAGGUCAGGCAUAACAAAGCCAUCUCAAGGGACACAUGGUCUCAGCUUUUGGAAUUUGUCAAGACAAUUGAUCCACAGUUAUCCAACUACGACGAAGAAGGCGCUUGGCCCUACCUAAUUGAUGAAUUUGUCGAAUACCUAACCGAGAAUGGAUGUGUUCCGCGUAAAAAGUGAACCAUUGGAGACCGCAUUCUCACACUGGAUGUCAUGAUUGGGCUGUACAAACGUGAUUCAUCUGGGUCUAUAUGUUAAAGUUUGGAUGUUGGCAUUCUUCACGCAAUACAUCACAGUUGAUAUUGCCGUUACUUGGUGGAAUCUAUUCACGCAUGGCAGGUGAUUUCACUUGGGAAGUAAUUGCUGUGAUUGGGAACUAUCACUCUGGUUUGUAUUUUGUGCUGCCCUUACCUGCUACAGCAAUGCCUGAAAACAGUUAUUGUCUUAUUGCCAAAUGGGCAAUAGGUCUAUAGUUGGUGUACGUUCAGGUAGUAGUGUCAGAUGUUUUUCUUGGUCUGUUGUACCAGAUGCGAACAGAUAAUGCGAACUUGUGAUAUUGGAUCGGGAAAAUUGCUAUCAAGUGCCUCUGUUCUUCUAAA